UGCAGGCGCUGCCCCAUGACAUAACACAGGAAUCAUACGCCACCUGCUUGUCUCAGGUGAAAUAGUCCCAGCAUGUUGCGUGAUCGCGUGUCACGGGUGUUAAAAUCACGAAGACCCACGCAACUGUGAAUAUGGUCACUUGUUGCCAUGUAUUUAAUAUGUUACCUGGGUUUAAGCGCACGGCGGAGGCGUGCGUUUUAUUACAGACUGCCGUGAGCGUGAUUUUCACCUGUUUCGCGAUACAAAUCUUUUGAAAUAUCGUAGCCCCUCCCUCUUGGGAUGGUCCUGAGGUGAGUCGGCUAUAAACUCCUGCUCUCAGAGUGUAGGUGAGACGCGAUGCAGGGCUCCGGCAGGUAUGACAGCUGAGGAGGAGCUCAUUGGAUCCCACUCAAAGCACACGGCGCCUUGACGCACGCAACGUAAGGAUUUUACGCACAGAACAUUUUUGGACAGAUCCAUUUGGCUCUGAUUAAAACGUUAAAAUAAAAAAAAAAGGAUGAAGUUGGAGGUUCUGUGCGGGAGUCACCACGACACCAAACAUUCGGAGACGUCCAGUGAUGCUGAGGGGAGUGUGCGCUCUCCGCUUUCUGCGGAGGAGGAACUCGGGUCGGACGGGGACUGCGUGGCGCACAGCCCCCCACCUGUCGCGCCGUGCGACGGCGGCAAGUCGAAGCCGUACACACGGAGACCCAAGCCCCCGUUCUCAUACAUCGCGCUCAUCGCCAUGGCCAUCCGGGACUCGUCCUCCGGACGCCUGACGCUGGCGGAAAUAAACGACUAUCUGAUGAAAAAGUUCCCGUUCUUCAGGGGCAGCUACACUGGCUGGAGGAACUCGGUCCGGCACAACUUGUCUCUAAACGACUGCUUCGUCAAAGUGCUCCGGGACCCCUCCAGACCCUGGGGGAAGGAUAAUUACUGGAUGCUCAACCCUCACAGCGAAUACACGUUCGCGGACGGGGUGUUCCGGCGCAGGAGAAAGCGCAUCAACAAGAAGCUGUGCCGGGAGCAGACGGCGUCCGAGCGGCCGGAGGACCCGCGGGGCGCCACGCGGCCCGCGGCGGCCGCCACCGGCGCGGACCCCGGCGCCAAGUUCACCAGCUCGUUCGCUAUAGACAGCAUCCUGAGCAGGCCCUUUAAAACGGACUCCAACCGAGGACGCGCGCCUUUCCUCGCGGCGUACGCUUGGCCCUGCUACAGUGAAGCGAUGACGCCGAGCUCCAACACACCUGCCUCAUUUCCAUACGUUAAGGCACCCUGUCACAUGGACUCCUGCGCUGCUGCGCAUGUGCCAAACGCCUACGGCCUGUACGCGCAGGCUGUCUUACAAUACCAGCACUAAAUUCGGACUCUUAUUUUGAUGACACCGAAUCAUCAAUGUGCACUGAUAAUGGGCCCGGGGGAAACAAACGGAUCAUCAUACCUGUCAGCAUCUGUUAUGGGAUGACUAUGAAUUUGACAUUAAUGUGGGGUGAUGAUGUUACACUUUACUGGUUGUUGUACCUCUGGGCAGUUCAUUAUAAAGCAUUAUCAGAUUUUAUUGUUUUAUAAUCUUCAAAACUUGUUGUAAAUAUUACCGAACCGUUAUGCACUUUGGGUUUUUUUUGUAUCGCUCUGUACAAAGAAAUAAAAUGAAACUUUAAACGAAAA